AUGGAUCAGCCAGAAGAAAUAAUUUUAUGUUUUAAAUAUAGUGAAGAUUUUUUUCUAAAAAAUACCAAGACAAUAGAAUUUUUUUGUAAAUUUAAUCUUAUAAAAAAAGAAAUGGGUUGUGUGAAAUGUGAUAACAGAAUGAGGAUUGUGGUUACUGCCACGUAUAUAGGCGGGUAUGCUUACAGAUGCUCUUUAAAGUCAUGCAAAUAA